UCCUCUUUUAAGCUAUUUUCAUGAGCCUUUGAAUACCUAAUCAAUUCGGUCCGGUCGUCUGGUCAAAGCAUGUAUCAUCCCCCCCCCCUUUCCGAGAAGUGGAGCACUUGCGUGUGAAUUGUAAUCGGAACCGAACGCUUUCAAAACAAGCGAAAAAGUACAUUGUUUACCUCAAAAUGAACCCAAAUAUGAAUCGGAAAGUGCUCGCAAUCCAGGCCAAGAAACGGAGAGGCAAGGCGACGAAAAAUAAACAAGUUAUGAAACGGGACGCGGGAAAAGUUGACAAGAAAGCGAAUCGAGUAGAUAAUCCGCCACCAAAAUACGAGAGUGAUAACGACGAUGAUAACAGUGAUUCGGAAGAGCAAGAGGAUGUCGGAGACUACAAAAGAGGUGGUUAUCAUCCUGUGAAGCUUGGUGAUCUUUUUAAUAACAGAUACAGUAUUAUACGUAAACUGGGAUGGGGUCAUUUCUCGACUGUUUGGCUUGCUUGGGACUUGAGGAAUAAAUGCUAUGCUGCAUUAAAAAUUGUAAAAAGUGCAUCGCAUUACACAGAAACUGCUUUGGAUGAAAAGAAAUUAUUAGAUAAGGUACACAGGACAGAUCCAACACAUGCUGGUCAUAGACAUGUUGUACAGAUGUUAGAUGAUUUUAAAAUCACAGGAGUGCAUGGCACACAUAUAUGCAUGGUGUUUGAAGUUCUUGGUCAUAAUUUAUUAAAGUCUAUAAUACAAUCAAAUUACACUGGUCUACCUAUUAGACAAGUUAAAUCUAUCAUCAAACAGACUCUCCUUGGCUUAGAUUAUCUCCACUCAAAAUGUGGCAUCAUUCACACAGAUAUAAAACCAGAGAACAUACUCUACUGUAUUAACAAUAAAGAAAUCCAAAAGCUUGCUUAUGAUGCAAAAAUGGCCUCCCUUAAUGGCAAUCUUUCCUCCGACAUCGUUGCAACGGCUCCUCAACAUAUAAUUCUAGAACAACAGAAAAGCGUCGAGAAACUAACCAAAAACCAGAAAAAAAAGCUAAAGAAACGUUUAAAGAAACAACAGCAGAAAUAUCAACUGGAGCAGGAUAAACUCGAUAAAACAAUCGACGAGGAAGCGGCGACAAGGUCACGAAGCUCUAACGACGAUACGGAACUCGGCAACGAGAGAAACAACGUUUCAAAUGCUGAAUGUGCUUUUGAAAUUAAACCGACUGUAAAUAACAAUGAACAAACAUCAGAAGAUGGAAAUGUCAAUGGUAUAUGUGACAAAGAGAAUGAAAAUAUAGUUACAACUAAAACAGACGCCGAAAUUUCGACGCAAAUCACUUGUGGCGGUAACGAACGAGUCGUAGCCGAAGCCAAGGCGGCCAAUGUCGACGACGAGCAAAUGCAAUGGAGUAAUGGGGAGAGUGUGAAUAACGAGAAAGAAAGGAAAUUUUGUGAAGAGCAGCUCAUGGAAACAUCGUCAUCUAAAGUUUGUUGUGGCGAUGUCGGUGUUAACGAGACCAUGGAAAAUGUCGAAAAAUUGGACGUAAGCGAGGGAGAUGGAAACGAGUCUGAAGUGAUGGAUACCGUUAUCAACGCGGAGAACGAUGUUAAAAGUGUCAAAAUAGCAGACCUUGGCAACGCCUGCUGGGUGGAUCAUCAUUUCACGGAUGAGAUUCAGACUCGACAAUAUCGCAGUAUCGAGGUUCUCGUUGGCUCAUCAUACGGACCACCAGCGGAUAUUUGGAGUACUGCGUGUAUGGCUUUUGAAUUGCUCACAGGAGAUUAUUUGUUCGAGCCUCAUUCUGGUGACAGCUACUCACGUGAUGAAGAUCAUAUAGCUCAUAUAAUGGAGUUGCUUGGAAAGAUACCAAAAAAUAUCGCUCUGGGAGGAAAGUAUUCCUGCGAUAUGUUUAACAGGAAAGGAAUAUUAAGAAACAUCACCGAACUAAGACCUUGGCCCCUGGAGAGUGUUCUCGUUGAAAAGUACGAAUGGAACGAGAAGGAUGCAGGUCAAUUGGCUUCGUUUCUACUUCCAAUGUUAGAUUACGUUCAAAAUAACAGAGCAACUGCAGCCGAGUGUCUACAACAUCCUUGGUUGAGCGAUGCCUAAAAACGUUUAAGUAAUUUCAUUGGUUAUUAUUGUCUGGUUGCACCAAGGCUGGAUGGCGUUAGAUUUUUGAUAUUUUCAUAAGUGUUAAAGAGGUCUUUGUAUUUUCUUAACAAAAAUGAAACUUUACUAUCUUUGAACUUACAUUGUAUUCAUUGAUUGUACAAUUAAAACUUGUUUUCCUCUGAA